UUAAAUGCCAAGGCGAUCAGCGGGAACGGGCCUUGCACUGACUGAAUCCGGUUUCGAACGGGAAGGGAAUCGAGUGGUUGAGGGGGGAAGUGGGAACUGGGUAGUCUCAAUUGAGUACCUUGGGUUCGUGAAGCAUAAAUAGUCGAAUAUUUGAGCUUUUCAAGCUUUCCAGUUAUAUAAUUCUGUUUAAAACUUCGUUUUCUGCAAUACCCAGAUUUUCGGUUUCUGGGAGUGGAUUGGUUUCUGAAGUAAUCUCUGAUUCUUCACUGAGGAGUAAAAGGAAAAACAAAUGGCCGUGCCUCUUACAAGAAUAGGUCUUGCAGGGCUUGCUGUUAUGGGACAAAAUCUAGCCCUCAACAUUGCUGAGAAGGGAUUUCCAAUUUCUGUUUACAACCGAACCACCUCCAAAGUUGACGAAACUGUUGAACGAGCUAAAAGGGAAGGAAACCUCCCCUUGUAUGGCUUCCAUGAUCCUGAAUCCUUUGUUCGCUCUAUCCAAAGGCCUCGAGUCAUAAUCAUGCUUGUUAAGGCUGGGGCUCCUGUUGACCAAACAAUAAAAACCCUUUCUGUGUACAUGGAAAAAGGUGAUUGUAUAAUUGAUGGUGGUAAUGAGUGGUAUGAGAACACUGAGAGGAGAGAGAAAGCCAUGGCUGAAUUAGGUUUGCUCUACUUGGGAAUGGGAGUUUCAGGUGGUGAAGAGGGUGCCCGAAAUGGGCCAUCUUUGAUGCCUGGAGGGUCCUUUCAGGCCUACAAGUACAUAGAAGACAUACUUCUCAAGGUGGCAGCUCAGGUUCCUGACAGUGGCCCUUGUGUUACUUAUGUAGGCAAAGGAGGAUCUGGAAAUUUUGUUAAAAUGGUUCACAAUGGGAUUGAGUAUGGAGACAUGCAGCUAAUUGCAGAGGCUUAUGACGUCCUAAAAUCAGUUGGAAAGCUUUCUAACGAGGAGUUGUGCCAUGUCUUCUCAGAGUGGAACAAGGGGGAACUUCUGAGCUUCUUGAUUGAAAUCACUGCCGAUAUUUUUGGCAUUAGAGAUGACAAGGGAGAUGGGUACUUGGUUGACAAAGUUUUGGACAAGACUGGAAUGAAGGGUACAGGUAAAUGGACUGUUCAGCAAGCUGCUGAGCUAUCAGUUGCUGCUCCCACAAUAGCAUCAUCUUUGGAUGCACGGUCCCUUAGCGGGUUGAAGAAAGAAAGGGUUGAAGCUGCCAAGGUUUUCAAAUCAAGUGGAGUUUGUGGCAUCUUGACUGAGCAUACUAUUGACAAGAGGAAGUUGAUUGAUGAUGUGAGGCAAGCUCUUUAUGCAUCCAAGAUUUGCAGUUAUGCACAGGGAAUGAAUCUGAUCCGUGCUAAGAGCAUUGAAAAGGGGUGGAACCUGAAAUUGGGAGAGCUUGCUAGGAUUUGGAAAGGAGGUUGCAUUAUCCGUGCUGUGUUCUUGGACCGUAUUAAGAAGGCCUAUGACAGGAACCCAGAUCUUGCAAACCUUCUAGUGGACCCAGAGUUUGCAAAGGAGAUCAUUGAGCGACAAUCUGCUUGGCGAAGAGUUGUCUGUCUUGCUAUCAACUCAGGUGUCAGCACCCCUGGUAUGUCAUCCAGUCUUGCAUACUAUGACACUUACAGGAGGGAAAGAGUUCCAGCAAAUCUGGUCCAAGCGCAAAGAGAUUACUUUGGAGCUCACACUUAUGAGAGGAUUGAUGUAAAAGGAUCCUUCCAUACUGAGUGGUUCAAGAUCGCUAAACGAUCAAAGAUGGAUCUGAAGUUCUGAAACACUGGAAACAGACCAGGCUGCUAAGUGACUAUUUGAUCUUGAGUCUUCUGGUGUUAGAAGCGCUUAAGCAGCAUCAAAACCAUUCAACCUUUGAGUCCCCUAACAUUGGAGCUUAUCAAUGUGAAGGAUUUUAUCUGCCUGCAUGAUUCAUUGGGUCAUUUCUUAACUUGAGCAUCUACAGGGCCAAUCUACCAACAACCCAGAUGAAGACAUGGGAUCUCAUGUAUGGAAUCUGUAUUGGACAAUUAAUGGGCUAUGUAAGGUCCAAGUCUAGGCGCUCAAUAUAUCAUUUCUUACUCGCUGCUCUCUGACUAUGGCUC